GCGGCGUCACGAGGAGGAGGGUGAGCGGGGCAGGAAGGGUGCGCGGAGGCGGGCGCAGCCGAGCUUUAAAAGUCCUCCUGGGGACGGGCUCGCCUCUGCGCUGGCUCCCGGCCAUCCCGCCGUCCCCAUGGCCCCCGCGCUGCCGCUGGCCCUGCUGGCCCUGCUGGCCCCGGGGCUGGCGGUGGCCCUGCCCGGCUGUGACUACCCGGCCCACCUCUGGUGCAGCUCGCGGGAGAUCGCCGUCGCCUGCCAGGCUGAGAGCCGCUGCGCCAACCUCUCGCACCCCACGGCUCCUCCCGUGGAGGUGAGCCUCUACUACGAGAGCUUGUGCCCGGCAUGCCGGGGCUUCAUGAUCGAGCAGCUCUUCACCACCUGGCUGCUGCUGCCCAGCGAGACCAUGAACAUCACGCUGGUGCCGUACGGCAACGCGCAGGAGAAGAAGGUCGGCGGCAAGUGGCAGUUCCAGUGCCAGCACGGCUCGGCGGAGUGUUUGGGCAACAUGAUCCAGGCCUGCCUGAUGCAUGAGGCCGAGGACUUCACCACCUACUUCCCCGUCAUCUUCUGCAUGGAGUCGGGCACCUCCGCCACCAAAAACCUGGAGGCCUGCCUGCAGGUCUACGCCCCGCAGCUGGACGCGGGGCGCAUCACCGCCUGCGUGCAAGGGGACCUGGGGACCGCGCUGAUGCACCGCAACGCCCAGCUGACGGAGGCGCUCGACCCGCCGCACCAAUAUGUCCCCUGGAUCGUCGUCAAUGGGAAGCACACGGACGAGCUGCAGGAGCAGGCGCAGCGCUCGCUGCUGAGGCUGGUGUGCCAGCUCUACCAGGGAGAGAAGCCCGAGGGCUGCCAGAGCACCGCGGCACCAAAGCCCAGGGCGGUCUGCAAGCACUGAGACACGGCGGAUGUGGGCGGCUGGGAGCGCCGAGACGUGUGCAGGGAAUAAAGAGAAAUGUGUUGUGGAACGAGAAAA